AGGAAAUACCCGCUGUAAUGACAAUAAAUGUGAUGCAGCCUCAAAGUACCCUUAGAAUGACCAAGAGUGAACAGCGAACAACACAGCAAUCAUAACAACUUCAGGCACGACAAUGAAUGUCACUGACAUUUUCUAUGACAAUGACUAUGAAGAUGAAGCAUGCGAAAAAGGCGAGGUGGUCCAAUUCGGCUCCAUUGUGGUUCCCGUUUUCUUCUCGUUCGUGAUCACACUGAGCCUCAUCGGAAACCUCCUAGUCCUCGUCAUCCUGGCUUUGUACGAGAACCUCAAGUCCCUAACCAACAUUCUCAUUCUCAAUCUGGCUGUGUCGGACCUGGUUUUCACCAGCGGACUCCCCUUCUGGGCCAUCUACCACAUGAGGGGCUGGCUCUUCCACGCCGCCCUCUGUAAAAUCAUCACUUUUGUCUUCUUCAUCGGCUUUUACAGCAGCGUGCUCUUCCUGACCGUCAUGACCGUCUACAGGUAUCUGACCGUGGUCCGCCCGUUCUCCGACCUGAGACCAAAAUCCACAACCGUGGGGGUUCUGGUGUCCAUCCUGCUGUGGAUCUUCAGCAUCGGAGCGGCCAUGCCCUCCCUACUUUUCAGUAACAUCGUGUCCAUCCCGCAAAAGGACAAACCCUCCCUGGGCUGCGAAUACGAGGACGACCUGUGGGCAACGGUUGGCGUUUCCCAACAGAACCUCUUCUUUUUGGUCGCCUUGGUAGUCAUGGCGUUUUGCUACUGCAAAAUACUAGGCAGAAUCGCGAGAACCAGAUCGCACACAAAGAGCCGUGCGGUGAAACUCGUCCUGUGCAUCGUGGUGGCCUUCUUCCUGGGCUGGGUGCCGUACAAUGUGGUGAUCUUUUUGAGACUUUUAGCGAACAAGUUGGUUCCACCUUUUGACGACUGCGACUUAAGUAUCCGGCUCGAUUACGCGUUCUAUGUGUGCCGGCUCGUUGCCUUCUCCCACUGCUUCCUCAACCCGUUUUUUUACGCGCUGGUUGGUGUGAAGUUCAGGGGUCACCUGAAGACAAUGUUAUGUCGGGUGUUCAGAGGACCAAUCCCUGUUGAGACACGCCAGGGGAGGAUGCAAAAUUUGAUCUCGCAGGGAUCAAUGUAUUAGUGUGGUUGUUAGAAUUAACGGUUUAGCUUCAUGGAAUAUGAUUGGUGAGGGUUCGCCACGGGCUCGGUCGGGCAAGUGUGACGUUUUAUUUUAGGAUUAAGGGUUAGUUUAAGCGUGGAGUCAGAGUUAGGUUUAGGCAAUUUGGGGGUAGGGUGUACAAUUGUAUAAAAAUGAACAAGUUGGAUAACUACUGCACUGUUUUACUUUUUUUUGAGGGGGGGUGUUCUGCCACAAUAAAAUGCAUAUUAUAAAAAA